CACGUUGAGUAUAUUUUCGUUUCGGUAAAAGGACUCCUUGUCCUUUAACUUUAAAAAAUGUUAUUAAGAAUAUCCAUAUUAUAUGGUUUGAUUUUUGUGUGUGUUUUUCUAUCAAGUUUUGCCUCGCAAAUCGACGAAGAUGAAUACACGGACUUCGAGAACGAAGACGGUGGAAGUCUGAGUGAUCGUUGGGCCGUUGAACUCGACACRGAUGAUAAUGCCGUUGCUGACAAAAUUGCCAGAAGUCAUGGCUUUAGAAACUUGGGAAAAGUAGGUUCACUUUCUGGGAAUUAUUAUGAAUUUGUUCCCGACGAAAAAGCGACUCGAAUGAAGCGAAGUACGAUGACAAGAACGAAGCGUCUGAUCGCUCAUCCAAGAGUUCAGUGGGCAAGACGGCAACGCGUUUUCGAGAGGGAAAAGCGAGGCUACUUCGAUACUUUACGAGAAAGAGAACGAGAACUACAAGCUGAGAGAGACAAAAGAUUUUUCAGAGAUCCCCAAUUCCCAGAACAGUGGUAUUUGAAUAAUGUUGGGCAAUCUGAUGUUCCUGUAGGGAACGAUAUCGGAGUUUUAGAUGUAUGGAAGAAAGGAUACAGAGGUAAAGGAGUAGUUGUCAGUGUGUUAGAUGAUGGUCUUGAUCACACUCAUCCCGACUUAAAAAAGAACUACGAUCCUCAUGCAAGCUAUGACAUGAACAAUAAAGAUUCCGAUCCUUUCCCUAACGACAAAGAUCCCUAUAAUGCACACGGCACUAAAUGUGGGGGAGAAAUUGGAGCCGAAGCUGACAACGAUAUUUGUGGCGUCGGGGUCGCUCCUGAAGUGAACCUUGGAGGCAUUCGCAUGCUUGAUGGAACAGCCACCGAUAUACUUGAGUCAAAUGCCCUGAGUUAUAAGCCACAAUACAUUGACAUUUAUAGUAAUUGUUGGGGACCGAAAGACGAUGGGAAAACGUUUGGAAGGCCUGGGAAGUUAGGUCGAGAGGCGCUAAAAAAUGGUGCUAYRAAGGGCCGCGGAGGCAAAGGUUCUAUUUAUGUGUGGGCAACUGGAAAUGGAGGCCUUGUUGAYGAUGAUUGUAAUUGUGAYGGAUACACUUCAAGUAUUUAUACCAUUUCAGUGGGAGCAAUCAGUUCRUAUGGUUUGUCAACUUACUAYGACGAACAGUGCUCAUCCACAAUGUGUGUUACAUUCACCGGGGACAGUCACAAAGGUAAUGAGAAAGAAUAUAAGUUAAUAACCACUGCAUUGCAUCAUGAAUGCACCAAGUCAUUCCGCGGCACCUCMUCUGCUGCACCACUGGCUGCUGGSAUCUUUGCUUUAGUUCUUCAAGCAAACCCAAGUCUAACUUGGAGAGAYCUUCAGCAUAUUGUUGUUCAAACAGCCCAAAAAACAAGCCCUAAAGAUGAUGGUUGGAAGUAUAACGGGGCAGGCAUUGAAUUCAACCACAAGUUUGGCUUUGGAAGAAUCAAUGCAAGUGCUUUGGUUCACGCAGCAUUAAAAUGGAAGCMUGUUCCAGAGCAGCACGUUUGCCAUGUAAAAGGAUUCCAAAAUCAACAAAAAGCCUUUUUACGCAACGGAGUUCUGAAAGUGCGCUUGUGGACUGAUGGCUGUGMAAGUAGUAAUAAGAAUARAACAACGAAGCUGGAGCAUGUCCAAGUAACUGUAUCCCUGAAGCAUAACCGCCGUGGAGCUUUAAGCAUYGAUAUCAUCUCACCAAGUGGAACAAGAAGUAUGCUUCUUUCAACUCGCAAGUAUGAUGAAUCAACUGCAGGCCUUGAUGAAUGGGAAUUCAUGACUGUUCAUUUCUGGGGAGAGAACCCAAGGGGACGGUGGGAAAUUGAAUUCAAAGACAACUCUGACAAGCCGUUCGAGAAGAAGAACACAAUUGACAUCGAGGAAGAAGAAAAGCACGAGAUCGACGCCAGGAGGAAGAAGGCUCAUCGUGAUGAAAUUCCAARACCUCAAGAGGAUGAUUUGGACAAAAAGAGGCACAAAAGGUCCAAAGCUGAUGAYCUAUCUACAAACUACGACAACUACCGUGAUGAAAUCAGACAUGGUAGAUAUGGCACUGACUAUAUGAGAGAUGAGAUUGCAUCUGAGGAUGAAGUGAGGCAGUUAGAAGAUGUCCUUCAAGACGAACAAAAUUAUGGAAUGUAUAGAAAGAAAUCCAAGUACCCUGGCUAUUUAAGUUCAAUCUCAAUGACUUUAUAUGGUACGGACAGUUGAACAGGUGAAUAACAACAAGUGAUUGGUAGUGACAGAUCACAUGACCAUGUUCUAGCAGAUUUUAAGGAAAGCUUUAAAUACAAUCUUUUUUUUAUUUUUUUUAUAUUUUUUGAUGUUUACUGUUUGUAAACCUAAGGUGAAGUGUCACUAAUUUUAUCCUUUGUUUGAGUGACAAGUCAAAUCUACUUUAAUUGAGGAAGAUGUUUAUGUUAUUGUCACAUGAUCUGUCGAUACAAAUCACUUGUUUAUGUUAAUCAAGUUAUUUAAGUCUCACUAAAUUAUUGGUAUUAUUUUAUAUUAUAAAUGCAGAGAUAUAUUUUGUUAUGGUUGCAUUGAAUUCAAAUUUCAAAUAGGUUAAAGACGUACAUGUAGUACAAACAUCACUUCCAUUUGCUCAUGGGUUAUAUUUAAGAAUAUUGUUUUUAAUCUUUGGGCAUAGUGUUAGCUAGUAGAAACUAGAAUAUAGUAUUAGUUGUCAAAACAGACUGGUUUGCACUGUUUCCAACAAUAAACCAAAAGAAAUCAUUUCAAACAGCUUAAAUAAUAUAUGAAAACCAUUCUUUUCACUGACAUAAUGUAGUCAUAAAUAUUUCAAUAUACAUGUAAUAUUAUUGUUUAGCCUUUCUUUUGAGAAAUACUCACCUGUUUAAAAAGAUAGAUGGUUUAGAUGGCAUGUUUAAAGUAGAUAAUUUUAGACCUAAUAUAAUGGUAAUAAUAAUUCUGUUUAUAAAAUUGUUGACAUUACCACUGUAGAUGGUCCUAUAUAAAGAUGUUAUAUUAUACCAUACAGUGUGGCUAAGGGCAGGGGUACUUAAAUACUGCACCAGUUGGCUUAUCAGAUAGCAGUAAAAGAUUAAUAUGUUAUAAUCCAAUCAGAUUGCUUCUAUAAAGUCAUUAAAGUGACAUAGUAUAUUAGUUUAUGAUCUGUCUGAAAACUGCAAUAUGAUUGGUUAAUGUUUAGCAGUAGCUUGGUUAUAGAGCGUUUGCACUUAUGUCAAUGGAAGAAACUACUAAUUGUUAAUUAGAUAGUAAGGAUUUAAUUAUUAUUUCAUGGUCAUAGCUGUAUAAGCACUCUGCUACAAAAUAAUAAUUAUUGUAAAUAGAGUAAAAGUUGAGAAAUUUGUUCGUCUAUAUUUUAAAAUUUUAAGUACGCCGUGGAAUGAUGAGGCAGUUGAACAGAAAGUGUCUCAAUAUAAGUUGGACAUCAAAGAUAGAGUAAAAUAGAUUUAUUCAAAAUCAAAUGAAUAUCUAAAAUAUAAAUCAUAAAAAUUGGGAUAUUUAGGAUAGUGUAAUGUGUAAAAUUUGAUCAGCAUGCUUUGGUUGUGUAAGCAUGUAAUCGGUAUUUAAUAUCUGCAUGUUUCAUUCUUUGAGGUAUGAAUUAGGGAGUUCUCAAGGAAUAUAUAUUUUAAAGCUACAAUACUCUGAAUUAUCACAGUUUAGAGCAACAGACUUGUUCUGAUAACAGACUACAAAAAAAUUGUAUAAUAUGAAGACAUGAACUGAUAUGUCAUUGCUAUGACUUAUGUAUAGUACAGUGUGUGCAAUUAAUCUGCUAAAUAAUAGCAAGUGAUGUUUGCAAAGGACAAUGGCGAUUCAAAGGAUGUUCAGCUUCAGUGUAGAUUUAGUACAUAUCUGUACUCUUUUGAAUUUUGUACAAUUUCAUAGAUUAAAUGUGUUCACUCUACUUGUUGUCAUAAACCAAUUCUUGAAUUCCAUUAUUAUAAUAAUGUUUACAACACUAGUUUCAUGUAAUCAUCUUUAGGAUAUGAAUAAGUGAGGUGUUGAGGGUUUUUUUUCAGUUACUACAUAACUUUCAUGUACUAGUUGAAAAAUUUAUAGAAAAGUGUUAAAGUGCUAAUUGUUAGCCAGUUUAACAAUUUUUUUCAUGUUAAAGGAAAAUUACUUUAUACCAGUGACAACAUUAAGUGUAAAUUAACAAAAGAAUGAAUGAUGUUUCUCCCUCAGUCAGCACCUCACAUUUUCAUGGUUGUAUGAAAUUGUGCAACAUAUAUAUUCUGGUAAACUAUGUAUUCGGCACUGGCAAUCAACUGGACCUCUGUAGAAACAGAUUGUAAAGUGGAAAAAAUAAAAUGACUGGGUUAAAAACUGA